ACUGGCGGCGCUCUAGUGGAAGCAUCAGUUGAGAUCCUCUCGCAGCAUCCACAGCAUCUAAGCAGGAUGAGGAUAACUGCGCUGGUAUGCCUCGCGGCUGUGCUUCUGGCAUCGGCCACAGCUGAGGAUGCUGCAGGAAAGGGGGCAGAGGCCACCAAGAAGGACAAGCGUGGCAUUCUCUAUGGAGGGUACGGCCUGGGGGGUGGCCUAGGAGGCGCUAGCCUCGGGAGCUACGGAGGAAGCCUCGGAGGCAGUUACGGAGGCAGCUACGGAGGCGGCUACGGAGGCGGCUACGGCGGUGGCUACGGCUAUGGCGGCGGCUACGGAUACGGUGGAGGCUACGGAUACGGUGGAGGCAUCGGCCUGGGCUCCGGCGGAAUUGGUCUGGGCAGUGGCUUAGGCGGUGGCCUCGGAGGAGGUCUCGGCGGUGGUCUCGGAGGUGGUUUCGGAGGAGGUGCCGGCAUCGGCCUCGGCGGAGGCGUCGGGGCUGUAGCCAUCGCUCCGACCAGGACCGUCGUCCAGACGGUGACCGUCCCGGAACCUCAGCCCGUGCCCGUCCCGGUGGAGCGCCCCGUCCCAGUUCCUCAGCCCGUCCCCGUCCCCGUCAGUCGCCCCGUGCCCGUUCCCGCGCCUUACCCAGUCCGUGUGCCCCACCCUGUGCCUGUUCCAGUCCCCAGACCUGUUCCAGUUCCAGUGAGUCGCCCUGUCCCGGUGCCCGUUUCCCGUCCAGUCCCCGUCCCAGUGCCACAACCGUACCCCGUGCGAGUACCCCACCCCGUCCCGGUGGCCGUCCCCCAGCCUUACCCCGUAACUGUGCCUGAACCCCGCCCUGUAGCUGUACCCGUCCCGGUCUCCAGCGGAAUCUCCUCCAUUGGCAUCGGCGGCGGAAUCGGUGCCGGUGGUAUCGGCGGAGGAGCCGCACUCAUCAGCUCCGGUAUCGGCUCCGGCAUCGGCUCGGGCAUCUCUGGAGGCAUCAUCUCGUCCGGAUCACUCGGCGGUGGAUAUGGUGGCUCCUACGGAUACGGUGGCGGAUACGGUGGCGGAUACGGAGGUGGUUACGGUGGUGGCUAUGGGUCUGGAGCCAUCAUCUCCUCCGGCAUCAGCAGUGGAAGCCUCUACUCUGGCAGCCUCUCGGGCAGCUACGGUGGUGGAUACGGUGGCGGCUACAGAGGCCACUCGAAGAUCUGUUCGGAACUCUUUCUGAAGCACGGCAGACCAUCAUCGCAGGCCGCACCUAGCGAUGCCUUACCCAAUCCUGUCCCGAUCUCAGUGUACCUCACAGCCGUGCUUCUGGCAUCGGCCAUAGCUGAGGAUGCUGCAAAGAAGGACACCCCAAAGAAGGACAAGCGUGGUAUUCUUUACGGAGGACUCGGCGGUAUCGGGGGAGGCGGCAUCGGCGGAGGCUACGGCUACGGUGGAGCCCUUGGCGGUGGUUACGGAGGCAGCUAUGGCUACGGUGGCGGCAUCAGUAGCGGCUAUGGAGGAAUCAGCGGUGGCUACGGAGGAAUCAGCGGUGGCUACGGAGGAAUCAGCGGUGGCUACGGAGGAAUCAGCGGCGGAUAUGGAGGAAUCAGCGGCGGAUAUGGAUACGGUGGUGGUAUCGGAUUGAGCUCUGGCGGCAUUGGCCUCAGUGGAGGUGCUGGUGGGAUCGGUGGAGGGUCCAUUGGUCUUGCAUCAGGUGGGGCAGGCAUCGGUUCUUUUGGAGGUGGCCUCGGUGGUGCCGGAAUCGGCAUCGGGUCAGGUGUGGGGGCUGUAGCAGUCGCUCCGACCCAGACGGUCGUCCAGACCGUUGCAGUUCCUGAACCUCAGCCCGUGCCUGUUCCAGUAGAUCGCCCAGUCCCUGUUCCCCAGCCCGUUCCAGUUCCAGUCAGCCGUCCUGUACCUGUCCCCCAUCCGUACCCCGUCCACGUGCCCCACCCAGUGCCCGUUCCAGUCAGCCGACCAGUCCCCGUUCCAGUGAGCCGUCCAGUUCCAGUUCCCAUCUCACGUCCCGUCCCUGUCCCUGUGCCCCAGCCGUACCCCGUGCGAGUGCCGCACCCAGUUCCAGUCGGUGUCCCUCAGCCGUACCCUGUGACUGUCCCUGAACCGCGACCUGUACCAGUCCCUGUUCCUGUAUCGACUGGAGUCUCCUCUGUUGGCCUCGGAAGUGGAAUCGCUUCUGGAGGAUCCUUCGCCGGUGGUUCUGGAAUAGGAUCUGCUGGCCUCAUCGGUGGAGCUGUAUCAUCUGGCAUCUCCAGUGGAAUCAUCGCGUCUGGUAGUUCCCUGGGUGGUGGAUACGGUGGUGCAUACGGCGGUGGAUACGGAGGCUCUUACGGCUACGGCGGUGGAUACGGAGGCUCUUACGGCUACGGCGGUGGAUACGGUGGUGGCUACGGAUCUGGAGGGGUAAUCUCCUCUGGCAUCGGUAGCAGCAUCAGCGUAUCAAAGCUACUUAGUAGUCUCCAUUGGCCCGAUCCCAUCCUUCACAAACAGUGACAGAGAGAAUUGACAGUCGGUCGUAGGAAAGGGCUUCAGAUCUCAGAAACAGAUGGAAGCAGCUUUCUUUUACUAAAAUCGUGCUGUGAUACCAAUUACGGAUAACGAAUGUCAAUUCUUGCGGCUGUUUCCUUAGCCCCAUUAUUACAUGUACUCAUUAUGUGUGAUCAUGUCAUCUCCACGCUAUUCUCAUAUGUAUACGUUU